AUGUCGGGCGAACAGGCGUGUAGUACCUUUUCCGAUGUUGGAUGCAUUGGUUUAGCACUAAAUGCCCAGGCAUGCCAUGUUGGAAUUGCUGGAAUUAUUGGCUGGAUUCUUUUAGCAUUUGGAAUGACAUGUACAGAUACGAUGGCAAGAACUGAAUGGAUUAAAGAGAAGGAAUUAUUGGUGGCAUAUAAAGAAAAACUCAAAGAGAUGACAAAGCAGAUAUCAUUUCUGAAGCAACAACUUUGGAAUGCAACAAUCUUGAGGUCACAACCUGCAAAGAAAUCAUUCUCUCCAACCCAAGGAAACACUCUCUUCCUUAUCACUCCAACACACACACGUCCUGAACAAAAAGCUGAGUUAACCCGACUCUCACAGACUUUGUUGCUUGUACCUAAUUUACAUUGGAUUGUAGUGGAAGAUUCAGCUUCAAAAACAUUAUUAGUAUCUAAAUUUUUAAGUGAGUGCAGUCUUAAUUACACUCACCUAAAUGUAAAAACUCCAGACAAUUAUAAGCUGCAGUCAAAAGAUCCCAACUGGUUAAAACCUCGGGGUGUCUUACAACGAAACUUGGCUCUUCAUUGGUUACGGAAUAAUAUUGACAUUCAAACACAGAAGGGAGUUGUUUAUUUUGCUGACGAUGAUAAUACGUAUUCAUUGAAGCUUUUUGAAGAAAUGCGAGACACAAAGAUUGUGUCUGUUUGGCCUGUGGGGCUGGUUGGGGGACUCCGAUAUGAAAAACCCAUUGUAAACAAUGGCAAGGUAACUCAGUGGUUUACAUAUUGGAAACCAAGGCGACCAUUUGCAAUGGACAUGGCAGGAUUUGCUGUUAAUUUACACAGAUUUUUUGAGUUUAAAGAAGCUAAAUUUGAUUAUAAUGUUCCUCGUGGCUAUCAAGAAUCUGUACUCCUUCAGGGACUUCAAGUGAAAAUGACUGAUCUUGAACCCAAAGCUGAACUUUGUACAAAGAUUUUGGUUUGGCAUACACGAACAGAGAAGACCAAGUUAAAGAAUGAAGAAAGAAUGAAGAUGCAAUUUGGACAUGGAUCAGAUCCUCAGAUUGAGUUAUGA